UGAUAUCAGAGAUAUGCUUUGAAGUAAAAAAUAAAAAAAAAAUAAAAAAAAAAGAGAAGAGUGAUCCUUUACUAAUUUGCACUUGUCAGAGAAGACUGUCACUCUCUAUAACUAUCACUUAAUUCUCUCUCUUCACACUACUCGCAUUUUACAAACAACCAAAACACUAACCUCCAUUUUUAUUCUUCUUCAAUAAAUUGUGAAAGUAAUUCGCCUGCGUUCCGUCUUUGAAUUUAUACAAUUUAUUAAUAUGCAUUUGUGGUGUUAAAUUGAUUGAAAAUUUCGUUUUACUGGAAUUGUUGAAGAAGAAAUGCUCCGAUUUUGCUUCGCAUUCAUCCAGAAGUUCUCUUCAACUAUAUUGAGUUAAGGACCUUGUCGUCAAACUAGGUAGACAGGAGCAUCUAUCGGAUGGAGGGCUGCACCAGAAGGAAUUAUGCAGAGAGGUGCAGAGAUUAGUGUCAGUGACUUCUGCAAGGUUCAUUUAUGGCUUCCACUGGUCUUGGCCACGGAGGAGCAGGCAGUUCUAGAAGUGCUAAUGGAUUCAAGAGUUCAUCUAAUUCAGUUGACUGGCUGGGAAGAGAGAUGUUUGAGAUGAGGUUGAGAGACAGGGCGGACCAUGAUGAUGACGGGGACAGUGAGCCAGAUAUAAUUGAUGGUGUGGGUGCAGAAACAGGGCAUGUUAUUAGAACCAGUAUUGGUGGUCGAAAUGGUCAACCCAAGCAGAAUGUAAGUUACAUAGCGGAACAUGUGGUCGGAACUGGUUCUUUUGGCGUGGUUUUCCAAGCGAAAUGUAGAGAAACUGGAGAAAUUGUGGCAAUUAAGAAGGUUCUUCAAGAUAAGCGUUACAAGAACAGAGAACUGCAGAUUAUGCAAAUGUUGGAUCAUCCUAAUAUAGUUGCUCUUAAACACUCUUUCUUCUCAACAACAGACAAGGAGGAAGUAUACCUCAACCUUGUCCUUGAAUUUGUUCCGGAAUCUGUUAAUCGUAUUGCAAGACAAUACAGCAGAAUGAACCAGAGGAUGCCACUGAUAUAUGUUAAACUCUAUACCUAUCAGAUAUGCAGGGCACUAGCUUAUAUUCAUAACUGUAUUGGCAUCUGUCACCGUGAUAUCAAGCCUCAGAAUUUACUGGUAAAUCCACACACACAUCAGCUGAAGCUUUGUGAUUUUGGAAGUGCAAAAGUUUUGGUGAAAGGUGAACCCAAUGUGUCAUAUAUCUGUUCGAGAUAUUAUCGUGCCCCUGAACUCAUAUUUGGUGCCACCGAAUACACAACGGCUAUUGAUAUUUGGUCUACAGGUUGUGUGAUGGCUGAGUUACUUCUUGGACAGCCAUUGUUUCCUGGAGAGAGUGGGGUUGAUCAAUUAGUAGAGAUUAUAAAGGUUUUGGGGACACCUACUAGAGAGGAGAUAAAAUGCAUGAAUCCAAACUACACCGAGUUUAAAUUUCCACAAAUAAAGCCACACCCUUGGCACAAGGUUUUCCAGAAGCGAUUGCCUCCAGAAGCAGUUGACCUGAUUUGUCGUUUUUUCCAGUAUUCACCCUAUUUGAGAUGCACUGCUUUAGAGGCUUGUAUUCACCCAUUCUUUGAUGAACUGCGGGAUCCUAAUACCCGUCUUCCCAAUGGUCGUCCUCUUCCCCCACUUUACAACUUCAAGCCCCAAGAGCUCACUGGAAUUCCUACUGAAACUCUCCAGCGCCUUGUUCCAGAACAUGCUCGAAGGCAGAAUUUGUUCAUGGCUUUACGAUCCUAGUGACUAUUUCUUGUUCUGCCACUGUACCAAUGUGAUAAAAGUGUUUGCACAUCAUCCAUAUGUGCUUGCUAAAUGUGGUUCUAGAUCAUGUUCACAACACUGUUAGACGUACCGUUGCACGUAUGUGAGAGCAUUUUGUAAUUUUUUCCCAAUAGCUGUUACAAAUACUGUGCAUAUAUGUCAAAGCACGUUUUGGAUACGUUAGAAAACACUCUUGAGAUUUAGGUUUGGAUGAAGAAAAGCUGAGGACUUUCAUAUAAUUAUUUCAGUUUUUCUUUUAAGCACCAA